UGCGACGCUUUCACUACGCAGUGCGCGAGUACGCGGAGGAGAUGUCGGCAGGGAGGACCCAGAUAUAUUAUUGACGUUAUUCCAGGUUGUUCGUAGGAGAUAUUUCUCAUCAGAUCUGCAGUGAACUACAGAGCAAAGAAUGGGAAGGAGUAUACGUGGUGUUUUUAACGCUGAAAGCCUGGUCGUCUCCACCGAACACCGACUUUUGCUUUUCAGCGGUAUAUUCAGGAGGGACUAGCUUCGGGGAAGCAAGCAAGCUAGCAGCACAGGCUAGCUUCGCAGCGAGGCUAGCUUGCUAGCAGAACUGCUGCCUUUAUCGUGGCCCUCAACGAAACUCCCAGCUAGCAUCCGUCGCAUGCACAGAAAGAGAAAAUGGUGUACCUGUUGAAUCCUAUAGAGAACCUGAGAAGCUACAUCAACAACCGUCCACCACUGGUCAUUUUUAUGAUCAGUGUCAGUGCAGUGGCCAUCGCCUUCCUGACCAUCGGCUAUUUUUUCAAGAUUAAAGAGAUCAAGUCACCAGAGUUGACAGAGGACUGGAACACCUUUCUGCUGCGCUUCAACGAGCUGGACUUUUGUGUGUCAGAGAAUGAAACGAUAAAGCACGGCCUGAAUGAAUCAACCACGCCAGAGAGCAUGGUUGUGACCAGUGGCCAGGCUCGUUCCAGCACCCAGUCUCCGCUCUUGCUAGAGGACUCAGGUCCCAUCAACAUCUCAGUCCCCAUCACUCUCACGCUGGACCCCCAGCGCCCGUUUGGAGGAUACUCUCGCAAUAUCACCCACCUGUAUGCCACAGUGUUGGGACAGCAAGUUGGUCUGUCCGGCCGGGAAGCCCAUGAAGAAAUAAACAUCACUUUCACCCUGCCUGUAUCCUGGAACUCAGAUGACUGUGUACUGCACGGACACUGCGAGCAGGUGGUGUUCAGCACUUGCAUGACGAUCACAGCGGCCAGCAAUAUCUUCCCAGUCACAGUGCAGCCGCCACACUGCGUGCCGGAGACAUACACCAAUGCUACAUCUUGGUAUAAGGUGUUCACCACAGUCCGUGACUCCGAUACCAAAUACAGUCAGGAUUACAACCCCUUCUGGUGUUACAAAGGAGCCAUCGGCAAGGUGUACCACGCACUCAACCCAAAGCUUACUGUCAUCGUUCCAGAUGAUGACCGCUCCCUCAUCAACCUGCAUCUGAUGCACACUAGCUACUUCCUGUUUGUCAUGGUCAUCACUAUGUUCUGCUAUGCAGUCAUCAAGGGGCGGCCUGGCAAAGUACGACAAACCAACCCUGACUUCUGCCCUGAGAAGGUACAACAGACACCAGCAGUGCUAUAUGACGUGAACAGGUGGCGUUGUCAGAGAGUUAAAAAGACGUCAGAGAGCUAUGUCAGAACUUACCUGUAACGUGGACAAACUCAAAGAAACAGAAGAAAUAAAAUAAACAUACCAGUUGCCUAGUGAACCCUGGAAAUACAAUAAGGGACACAAAAGCUCUGUGAAUGCAUUACUCUUGCAAUGUUGGGUUUCUCCAACCAAAGAUAUACAAGUGCCUGUAUCUGUGGUGUAAAUAUUUGUAGGAACUCUGAUAUUCUGUGCAAAAUCUUUUUUCUUCUGGUUUAUUAUUAUUAUUAUUAUUUUGCCUGAGUCCCCUUGUGCCAUGUCCAAACAUGCAGUACGCAAACAAAGCAAAACCCCACAUUCAAGAACUACAUUGCCAUUUUUUCUAGCAGUCAUGUAGUCUCAUUUUCAAGCAAGAUAGAGAAAAAAAGUCAUUUCAAACCACAGAGACAUGGGUCUCCCAAAACAAUUCAUGACAUUAAUCACAGAUUUUGGAUGAGUUUUUGCUGUAAAUGUCUUCAGAUGGGUUUGAGAUAUCCAGAGUAUUUUUUAUCUCCCAUGAUGAGAGAGCAUGAUGAUUAGUCACUUGAAAUAUGUUUAAGUGAACUAAAUAUGCUUGAAUAACUGGGUUGAGAUAUUUGCUUGGGGAUGAGAUGCUUGUGACACAUUAAAAUUGAAUAUUCAGUAUGCACUUGGCGUUGCAGCUUCAACAGGGAAGAGAAUGAAUGUAGCAUGUUUCUCUGCACCAAACUCAACAGUGUAAUCAACAGUCUGAUCAGAAUUUGGACAUAAAAGUAGCUUUGCGCAAUUAGUUUAUUUAAUUGAACUCUCAAUCAUAUUUUGUCACGACCAAAUUAAAUUCCCAUUUUCCCCUGUGUGUCAGUAAACAUGGAGUAAAGUAUUCAGAUGAUUGCACUGUGCACAAUAAUGUAUGAAUAGAAGACAACAUCAUCAUCAGUAAAAUUAAUGAAUCCCACUUUAAUGGUGGUUAAAUAAGCUGCGGAAACUGUGGUUUGUGUUGAAAAUUGUUGAGACAAGUAGAUGUCGUCAGACUUCAAAACAAGAUUUUCUGCCUUUUGUUUUCUUUCCUCUGUGGCUUCAUCACUCACCUGCCUCUCGUGUUUUAUCAGCUGCCAGUCGCUCUGCAGCAGUUUGGUAGUUUUGGCUUCCAGACUUAUGUGAUGUUCUAUACAGUUCUUCUUUGUUGCACCUGGAUGAAGCAAAACAUGUUCUUGCCUUACCUACAGUACAAUAUGACUGACUUGCUUGCUUAAAAAAUAGGCGAGAAGAUCAUUUUUCUCUCUUUCCAAUAUGAACUUGUCAGUCCCUUCUUCCACAGCCAUCUUUCUUUCUGUUCUGUUCCAGUAUGAAGAGCCUGUGGUUUGAAAUCAAACUUGUCACCUUGUGUCCGAUUAAUGUAAAUGUCAAGUGGCCCUUGAGUUAUUAUAUUUUUGGAUGCUUUUUAAUUACUUAAGCUUUUAUUUUAAGCAAAUCGAUAUCAGUUGCACGUGAUCAAGUGUUUGCAUAGUUAGUGCACCUUCAGAUUUCUUGCACAUUUUGAGUUAUUUGCUCCUUGAAGACAGAAAAAAAAGUCCAUAUAGCAGAUGUAAACAGUCUGAUGUUGAACAAACAAGUUUGACUCCUAAAAAUAAAUAUGAUUAUAAAUUAUCAUAUAAUUGUAUGUAUAAAAUUAAUAUAUUUAUGAUUAAAUCAUUUAAGUUUUAUUAUUUUGUAAUACAACAAAAUGUGCAAAAACUCACUUGGUGGGUGUGUGUAUGUGUGUGUGCGUGUGCGAGCGAGUGCCUGAGUGAGUGAGUUUGGAAAUGUUUGGAUAAAUAAAGGCGGGUUUAGACUGAUUCUCUGAAAGCUCGUUCUGAAUGACUAAACGUCUGGGUACUUGUAAGUGUAAUGGGAUUUUUUCACUGCACAAGUCUGUUUUGACUUGACUGGGCACAGAGAUAAAAACAAGCUCUCCUCCCCUGACAGACUAAAGUUUGCACAUUUUCACAUGAGUUGUUUUGUUGUGCUGAAACUCUUAACUGUAGCUUUAAGGAUAAAUUUGUGCUCCUCCAAUGGUUAUAUAAUUCAUAUUUUGAGAGCAUGGCUGACUUUGACAAUCAUUUAUUCUAAAUGAACUGGAACACAUAUUGGAUUUGCAAGUUUAAAUUGUAGUUAAUGUUAAAAUCCUGAGUCACCAACCUCUGUCCACUGUGCUGUUUUAACACACAUGUAAAGUCUAUUGAGCUGGUCUUUGCCCAGAGAAGAUGCAGUGAUAAAAUCCAAACCUACCCACAGUCUUAAAGGAAAACUGGAGAGGAAAAAUCUAAAUCCGCCUUUAACAGCUGUUAUGUAUGACUUUUUUUCAUUAGCAGUUACUGAUAGAUUUUACUUACCUCUGUGUUAUAAUUUUGUUCCAUAAUUGAUGUACCUGUUGAAUGUACUUUUUUAAAAUAAGAAGCAUAAUCUAAAUCUGAGAUGCAAGAAUUCCAAGUGAUUUUAAAAUCUGAUGUAGUUUGAUUAUUGAAAGGCUUUACUUGAAUUGUGUUUUAGUUUGAGUGGUAUUCAUAUAAGGGUUUUUUGUGGCAAAAAUGAAUCUCUUGUCACAUUAUUGUAUCAAACACUUUGUAUAUUUGUCGUUUGAUUUUCUGUGUGUGUGUAUGUCAGUGGAUGAGUGAGAGGUGUUGGGUUUUGGUCCCUAAUGGUCGUCAUAAACUUUGCCCUCCACGCUGAAUGAUGCUUGGACAAGUCUUCCUAAUUCUGAUGUGCAUCAUAUUUUGAUCAUACAUCUCUUGCUUUUACCGUCAUCGCGCUCUCCUGUGCCGACUCUUUUUGGAAGAUCUGGCAGCUUUUACUGGACGGUUGGGUUGGCAGGGGUGUAUGUGAGUGGGGGAAACUUGAAGAUGUGAAUGAAGCAUGCUAUGUUAUUGCCAAACCGUCAUAAUUAGUGUCAGUGACCUGCAUUUACUUGUGUCUUAUCCCUCUUUGUGUAUGAUUUGCUGUUUUCAUCUUUGGUUGGAAUUGCAUCUCUAAUUGCAAAAUGCCUUAACAUUGUCCACUUUCAUUGGAGUUUUCUUUGUUUCACAUAUCUCAUAUUGUAAAAAGCACCGGCUUUCCAGAAACAGAUCCAAACACAAUACUCAUGUUAUCACCUCAAAUGACCACGCUUGCUGUUGUAGUUCUGAAUCUACUCCACUAUAUCACUGAGGACUGGAGUAAAAACAGUGGAGCCAUAUUCUCCUUAAGUUCCAACAUCUCACAGCAUACUUGGCUUUACAUAAAGCAAAAUGCACAGAAGUCUCCUAUAUAAGGCUGCCAUUUCACCUUGUUAUCCUUUCUGUCAUAUUAGCAGCGCUUACAGGCAAGUAUUAAGCCAACUCUGUGCCUUCUGCACUAUCGAGCUGCAUCCUCCUCCCUGUACAUACAGUAGAUAGGACCGUAGGUUUAAUGUGGCUAGGAUGUCAUUCAAAUCCUUUUCCUCUCCAGUGGAACUGCUGUAAAUGAAUUCAAGUUUAAAUAAACUGUCUCUAAAGAUCAA